AUGGAGGAAUUCCUUCCGUUUGGCUCGGCGUUGGCGUCGAGGCAACAUGCCCGUGUAGUCACUGAGGAUGCUAAUGACUGCUUGCCUGGAUGCGUUUUCGAGUGUGAAACCUGUGGCCGGCAAUCCCCUACGCUUCAAGCCCUCAUAGGAUGCCACGGAACUAUUCUCCUUAAGCCGCCACGGAUCACAGGUAGUUACAGAUCCGGGUUAAAGAGCUUGCCAGCGAAAGCAAGACCAGGCUGUCUCCCCUGGCCCCAUACCUGUGACCCAACUGAGAGGGGUUGUCCUAGCGAAGUUAGAAGCAGAAGGCGCAAUCACGCCUCUCGCAGCGAGUUUGAUGAUCUUGCUCACGAAGACAGUGAUUUUGAUAUUCGAGGCAUAACCAGUGGCUGGCACUUCCCUACGUUUCAAUCCCACGGAGGCCACAGACUGAGUCACCUAGAGCUAACACCAACCGUAGGUGGUUACAGCUCCGGAUUGAGGAGCUUCCAAGCGAAAGCAAGACCACACGGGUCCCUAGAGUGCGAUGUCCCGACUAUGUGGAAUGUUUCUGGCCAAGGCACAAGCACAAUGCACAAUCACGUCGCUUGCGGCGCAUCUCCAGGCGGCGGGUCGGAUAGCCUUGCUAAAGACAUUGUUAUCAAUAUUCCUGAGGAGGGAGGAAGUUGUGUACACUCCUUGGAUCAGACACGACACGUGCAUGGCUUUUCGAGAUUGGCGAUCCUGGGAGAUCCGUUGUUCGAUGUGAACGUUCAGGGGGCUUUUGCUCUUGGGGCUUUCAAGACGAGCAAUGCUUCUUCUCCAGCUAAGGACGUGCUGCUUUACCUCCUUGUGUUUGUUUACGCGUUCGGGUUUUUAUCUGCUCUUGGAGGCAAAGGGUUUCGCAGCUCAAAAUUGGGAGCGAUCGGAUCGGUGGCAGCCACACUAGGGUUUCUCAUGACUAUGGCUUUGCUCCUCCUCUAGAUAAAAAGGAGGAGCUUGAAGAGAAUGAUUCAAAGUUCUUCCAGGGUGGAACUAUUCUGGUCCUGGGAGAGGGGGCGACCAUUCUCAAGAAUCAAAAAGACUGAACUGAGGGAAAGCUUAUGAGCCACUGGAACUUAGAGUCAAAAGGUACGAAAUUUAGACGCUUAUAGUAGUUCUACCUAUAGAAAAAAAUCAUGAAAGAGGCUAUCAGAAUAUUACUUGAAUCCAUCUACAAUCUCGAGUUUCCAGACUUCCACUCGGUUGGGGUGCCACUCGGCAGUACCAGAACUAUCGACUCGCUCACCCAAAGCACUCAUCAAUGAAAAUUCUUUUGCUCGUUAUUUUUUUCUUCAAAUAAGCAAGCGAUUACAUAUC